GUGCAGCCACCCAGAGGGUUUUAGUCCUCAGGUCCUGGGAACUAUCCGAAAUUACUGAAAUAAUAAUAAUUAGUAGUAGUAGUAGUGUAUGCGUGGUGUGCAUGUAUAUGUACCAAGGCAUGCUUGUGGAGCACUGAGAGCAGUCGUCUGUGUCCUUCCACCUUAUGUGGAUCCUGAGAAACAGACUCUGGUCAAACACAUUAUCCACUGGCCACCUUGCUGGCCCCUCAUUCGCAUUUUUAAUAAAUAUGCAAGUCUUUUUUUGAAUUAAAAGGUUUUAUUUUAUUAUGUAUUUGUGUGUGUUUGUUUGCAUGAAUCUCUAUGCACCACGUUUGCCUGGUGACCUCAUUAAAGCUGAAGAUCAUUGGGAACUGGAGUUAUAUUGUGUUAGCUACCAUGUGGGUGCUGGGAAUCAAACCUGGGUCCUCGAGUGCUCUUAACCUUUGAUCCAUCUUCGAAGCCCAAAUACCUAAAUCCUAUAAGGGAUUUGAUAGCACAAACGAGAGAGUUGAAGUUCUUUUGAGGUUCACUCUAAGAGAAUCUUUUCAGGGAAGCUGGGCCUGAUGUUUCAGGUCUGUAGUCCCAGCUACCCCGAUAGGGAGGCUAAAGGAUGAAAAUUAACAAAUUCAAGGCCACCUUGGUAAGAACAAGAUCUUGUCAGUCAACUAACCAAUCAGUAAAGGGGCUAAAACCAAAUCUCUGUAGUACAGUAUCUGCUUAGGGUGCAGACAGCCUUUGGUACAGUCCCCAGUUUUGUUUUGUGGUUUUGGGUUUUUGUUGUUGUUGUUGUUGUUUUAGGGGGUGGGCAAUGGGAAGAAUCCUGUGUAAAUUAAACAGGUUCAAAAAUUCUAAUCAUCACAAGGAGUUUGACUAGAAUGGUUGACAACCCUACAGAGAAUGAUCCAAAAUCUAAAAGCACCGCUCUAAAUUCAGAUAAGGCUCAAACCGUCUUCUGCCAACAGCUACUUUUGUGACUCUGGGGAUUCUGUUAAGCUUUCUCUUUUGGAGUAAAACAUCUCUCUCUCUCUCUCUCUCUCUCUCUCUCUCUCUCUCUCUCUCUCUCUCUGAAAAACACACACACCCCAAAUACAUGCAAUAAUAAUUAAAAUCACUAUUGGUGUUAAUGAUUUUUUUGCUUAUUUGUUUUGGUUGUUAUUGUUGUUGCUUGUGGGUUUGUUUGUUUGUUUCUUUGUUUGUUUUUGAGAUAAAGUCUCACCCUGUGGUCCAGGCUUGCCAAUCCUCCAGCUCCAGCCUUCUGAAUGCUGGGAUUGCAGUGAUGUGACAGCCAUAGCAACUGACUCCUGACCAGCCAGCUGUUGGUCUCUUUCUGGCUGCACUGGCUGCUUUGAAUGAAAGGACUAUCAAUCGAAAACCUACCAUCCAGACUGCCCUUGUGUCAGCACCAUCAGUGUGGGGGAAAAGGAAAACCACACAAGAGCCACCUGUGUUGGUAGACACAUGUAAUCCCCACGCCCCUGAGCUGGAGUUUGACUAGAAGGCCAUCAUUCUUUUUUUGUUUGUUUGUUCUUGUUUUUGUUUUUUCGAGACAGGGUUUCUCUGUGUAGCCCUGGCUGUCCUGGAACUCACUCUGUAAACCAGGCUGGCCUCAAACUCAGAAAUCUGCCUGCUCCGACUCCCAAGUGCUGGGAUUACAGGCGUGCACCACCACUGCCCAGUGAAGGCCAUCAUUCUUGACUACAUGAGAUGAUGGGAACUGAACCUAGGGCCUCUGGCAUCCUUGAAAGAUAGAAUCUUAUAUCCUGGUUGGCCUGGAGGUUGUACUUGAAGAUGGCUUUAAAUUGCUGGUCAUCCUGACUCCACCUCCCAAAUGCCGGAAUUACAAAUGCGUGCUAUCAAAUACAGUAUACCUGGGAUAUCCAACCCAGGACUUCCUGAAUGUCAGGUCGCUGAGUGGUUGAAAAAGGUAUUUGGAGACCAUCCCAUCCCACAAUAUGAGAUGAACUCACGGACGACAGAAAUUUUAUAUCACCUUUCAGAACGCAACAGGGUCCGGGACAGGGACAUCAGCCUGGUAAUAGAGGACUUAAAACAGAAAGCAAGUGAAUAUGAAUCCGAAGCCAAACGUCUUGAAGACUUUCUCAUGGAGAGUGUGAAUUUUUCACCUGCCAAUCUGUCUAAGUCUGGUUCCCGGUUUCUGAAUGCACUGGUAGACAGUGCAAUUGCCCUGGAAAUAAAAGAUACUUCACUAGCAAGCUUCAUCCCCGCAGUGAAUGAUUUGACGUCUGACCUUUUUCGUACCAAAUCCAAAAGCGAAGAAAUGAAGCUUGAACUGGGAAAACUUGAAAAGAACCUGACGGCAACGCUGGUGUUAGAAAAAUGUCUACGAGAAGAUCUCAAGAAAGCAGAGCUGCAACUGUCUGCAGAAAAGGCCAAGGUUGACAGUCGCCUUCAGAAUAUGGACUUCCUAAAAGCGAAGGCAGCGGAGUUCCGGUUUGGAAUCAAAGCUGCAGAGGAGCAACUUUCAGCCAGAGGCAUGGAUGCGUCUCUGUCUCAUCGGUCACUAGCGGCACUUUCAGAGAAACUCUCGGAGUUAAAAGAGCAGACUAUACCCCUGAAGAAGAAGUUGGAGUCCUAUUUAGAUUUAAUGCCGAGUCCAUCUCUUGCUCAACUGAAAAUUGAAGAGGCAAAGAGAGAAUUAGACGCCAUAGAGGCUGAACUUACCAAGAAAGUAGACAUGAUGGGCCUGUGAGGACAGCCAUGUAGACGUGGUCAGGGGAAGGAGGUGACUGUUCUUAGAGAUGAUGAUGUCUCUAUUAGUAAAACAACAGGGUUCGCUUCUGCCUUUAAACUUUGUGGCCUGAAUACAGUUUGCAUAUGAAAAGGCAUUUCUUGUUAUCUGUUGCUCACGGUACACCUCAAGGGUUACCUGCUACUUACUGAACACCUCACAGUUAAGAAUCUUUCCAUAAGUGGGUAGGGGGGCUGGUGAGAUGGCUCAGUGGGUAAGAGCACCCGACUGCUCUUCCGAAGGUCCAGAGUUCAAAUCCCAGCAACCACAUGGUGGCUCACAACCAUCCCCAACAAGAUCUGACUCCCUCUUCUGGUGUGUCUGAAGACAGCUUCAGUGUACUUACAUAUAAUAAUAAAUAAAUCUUUAAAAAAAAAAAAAAAAAAA